AUGGGCAACCAACCGAGCGGGCGCACCAAAGUCAUGGCGCUACCGCCCCCGGACGCCAAGCUCCACGACCUUGCAACGGACCCCGUCAUCAUGGCCGACCUGCGCAAACUUCUCUCGAACCGUAGCAUCGCUGGUGCGUACGGCCCACUGCUCCUCGCCGCGAUCGAAGAACACGUUGGUGCGACACCGCAGCCCGUCGCCAUGGUCCAGCGCCGCCCCGCACCGUCGACCGAGUGGUCUGGUGGCCUUUCCAAGCUUCGCGCAUUUGCAGCGGCGCCUGUCGCCUCUUUUGAGGCCCUUCACGCAACGUACGGUGACCUCUUUUACAUCGAGAGCGUAUGGACAUCGGACAAGAUUGCGGGCGUCGCUGGCCCCACGCUGGUGGCUGCCUUUGAAGACCAUAUGGAUGCUUGCCGGCUGGCGCGGAGCGUGCCAUCGGGCGUGACACACCUCCUCGGCCCCGUGCUUGCGACGCUCAACGGGCCCAGCUACAAGGCGCGAUGGACGAACCUGGCGUCGGCUUUUGCACCAGGGCACCAAUUUGAGCCGGUCGUACAGCGGCUGUUUCGCGACGAGCUCGCGGCGGCGCACGCGGCUGGUCGCACGUUCUCGUUUACCGUGCUCGCCCAGCACCUCGUCUUGAAGCUCCUAUUGUCGUUGCUUCUCGGUGUCACGGCGUCGUCGCAGCUCGAGCUUGCAAACGUCCAGCACUGGAUUGAUACCAUGGUCGCAGCGCUGCCACGGUCGACGGUCGCACCGCACAACGACGCGUUGCAGGCCAAGGAGCAACUGCUGGCAACGCUGCUGCAACCAGCGCUCCUUGCAAGCCGACGCCGUGUUGACGCCAAGGCACCAGUGGCGUGCGUCCUCGACAACCUUGUGCUCAAGAACGACCUCUCGGACGAUGUCAUUUUGCUCGAGCUCCUCCACGCCUUAUACACUGGUGCUGGACCGCUGGCGGCGCUCUUGGCGAAUACAAUUUCGGCCAGUCACGCAUACCCGGCGGUAUGGGCAAAGCUCGUAGCCGACACCCGCGCUCACAAGCAACAGUCCCCUGGCGCCUGGAAGUUUGGUCGUGCAUUUGCCAAGGAGAUCCAGCGCUUCUAUCGUGUCGGAUCCGGUCUUCGAUUCGCUCGGGCGACCUCCGACAUUACGUUUGCCGUCAACGACGUCGUGUACACGGUGCCAAAACACACGGUCGUCGUUGCCGGCAUCGACGCGACGCACAAGCACGCUGCGUCGUGGUCAGCACCGGCAGAUUUCAUUCCGAACCGGUUCCUCGAUGAUGCCGAGUCGACCAAGAACGCGCUCCACCUCUUUCAGCUUGGCGGUGUCUCGGACGCUCUGCCGACGAUGGUACUUGAGUCGUGGCUACUGGCCGUGGCCGACUACACGUGGUUUUUGACGCCCGGACAAGAAACGUCACUCGACAAGGCGUCAGUGACCUCGCCGCUGCCGGUCGGCAAGCUAAUCGCAAGCCACAUGGAGCGUCGCGUCGGUGUUUCUGCGAUCCCGGAUGCCUCAGCUUUAGUGCGGUUGCCGACGACUGACGAGUACGCUGCUCUCAUCGCCGUUGCCAACGAGCAGUUGCUUACGAGAGACCCGCGCCUCGACUUUUGGACGCACCAAAUGUACAAGCUCGUGCUCAUCAAGCUGUCGCGGUGGACGCGACCGGAAGCAGCGAAGGCGCUAACGAUUCCCGCGACAAUGGGCCCCGUCGACAAGAUGACGUUGGCGCAAACGAACAUCCAAGUGCCGUUGGACGACGAAGACUGGCCCAACCAGCCGUGGAUCGAGAUCAAGUUCGCCAACGCCAUCCGCGACUACGCUCCGUUCAUCGACAACUUUGACGAGAACUGGCUCCCAGGCGAGGACAAGGAGCGCUACGUUAUGCGGUUCUAUGCCCACAUUUGGCCACGCAUUCAAGUCCACUGGAACGACAGGUACUCGGACCGCGCACUCGAGCUCAUGGCGUUCAACGGCCUCGGGCAGCACAUGCUCCAGAAGCUGCCGACAACGCACAGUGACGGCUCGUACUACACGAUCGCAACCAACUUCAUGCAGGCGCUGGACGUCCGCAAAGGCUAUGCCAAGUACGGCGCCGACGUAUUUUUUGACGACAAGUGCAAGGUCACCAAGAUCGUCCGCGGCAACAUCACGUACCGACCGGACGACGCAGAGUGGGAGUACGUCAAGAUGUGCUUCCGCGGCAGUCUCCAGACCAAGGUCACGGCCAUCGACCACUUGCUGCUCAUACACUCGACGAUCGCCAACCACGUCACUGUCGUCCACCGGGAGCAGUUGCCGCCUACGCACCCACUCCGACGUCUUCUCAAGCCGUUCACGUUCCGGUCGGCGGCCAUCAACUACGGUGCUGGGCGAGCACUCUUCUGGCCACAAGGCAUGCUCCAGCGCGCGAUUGCGCUUACCACCAGAGGCAUGAAGCAGGCAUGGGACAUCGGGCUCGGCAGCUUUGGAUACGAGACGUUUCCCGCGUUGGUUGAGCGCCAGCAAAUCGACACGACGACGCUGCCACUGCAUGAGGACGGUAUCGACUACUGGCACAUUGUUUCUCGGUUCGUCUCGAGCUACCUGGACCUCUACUACGCGGCAGAUGCCGAGGUGACUGCGGACGCGUCGGUGGUUGCCUUCUGGACGAUGCUGGACGCGACGUUGCCGUUUGCAUUGCCGCCGCUCUCGCUCAAGAGUUUGCAUGAGUUUGUGACGUACUUUAUCUUCAUGGUCUCGUCGAUGCACAACCAUGUUGGCGCCAUCGCGGAGUACGUCUCGGAUCCGGCGUUCUGCCCGUCUGCGUGGGUCGAAGGCGAGCUCGCGGGGCGCCCCGGAACGUCUGUUCGUCUUGCGCUCAUCAUGAUCAUCACCGGGUUUGACCAGCCGCAGAUCACGGAAGAUUUUUCACAUGUGAUGUUGGACGACGCCGCCAAGUGUGUCGCUCGAGCAUUCACGACCGAUGUCAAGGCGCAGAUUCCCGUCGUCAACCGGCGAAAUGCCACCCGUGUCCAGUCGUUCCAGUCGUUCAAUCCGAGCACAAUGGAGAUGGCUGUCGGUAUCUAA